AUGUGGGCAGCCAAAGUCUUAGUUACGCUGUCCAUUCCGCUUUCCACCACGGUCAACUCGCCAGUUCUUGACGAUAGCGCAAUGGAGAACAGCACACAAAAAGCAUCGAUGAAAACCGCUGCGGCGUUGAAGGUGACGACUGCGGAGGAGCAACACGCCUGUCCGUAUUGUUAUGUGAUACUUCAACCGCUUCAACUAGCCGGUCCACGCAAGCCAGUCCGAAAGAUCGCGAAGACCGGUUGA